AUGCCACAGAAGAAGAGAUCUCUCACCGAGCGUAAAUCGAAUGAGCAAGUACCGCCACAAUCUACUCCAGACGGCCAGAAGCCCAAACGACAAUGCACAGAUGUCAAGACACAGCUCGAUCAGGACUCAUUUACUGGAAGAUAUGAGUACGUGUGUACGGACCAGCCGCCCUGGGCGGAAAGCGAUAGCGAGGACGACGAUGAUGAUGAUGAAGAAGGAGAAGAAGAAGAAGACGACGAAGAAGAAGACGGUCAGGAAGAAAUUGACGUGCAUGGAGAGCCUCUUUCGGACCACCCCAAUUGUAAAUGGAUGAUGCUCAAAGAGUGCUUCGACUUGCUAGACGACCUAGCCACAGAUGCCGACAGACGGUGCCCAGACCAGUUUGGGAUGUACGUGCACAACGACUUCUACGGAUACGGAAUGAUGGAAGUCCUGGAAAAUAUGCUAAGAGCUUUCGACAAUGAGAUUAAGCCGCUGUCAGGAAAAAAGGCCAACCUUCAGCAGAUGUGGGCUAUCCUUACGGUCCUUGCGAUGUUUUUGUGUCGAGACGUCUCUUUCCCGUGGAGCAUGGUCGACGAUGGUGAACGAUACGAGCACCUUAUCGCCGUGUCCGGAUGUGCUGCUCUCACCGCACUGAACGAACUCGAUCGUGUUGGACAGCUCAAAAAGGACUCAAGAUUUCUCGACCUCGGGCACGUCAUGGCGAUGUUUCUUCUGUGGUCGAAGACCGCAACAGGAAUGACGGUCGAAGGUCGUAUUCGCCAUGAUCCCUACGAUGAUGACGACGCAGAGCUGGAGAUGUAUGAGUGGGUGGGACCUUUAUUGGCAUACGCCGCGAAGGCAGACAUCGACCUUGCCGAGCAGCGUGUUUCUGGUAUCGACAAGGUACUGAAACGGACCACUGUGGGUGGUCUACGUGGGAGUGCAAAGGCGGAUAAAUGGGACUGGACAGCGACGAUCCGAGGACUACUGGCGUACAGCUGGACUGCUAGCGGUUCGACGUCGGUCAGGAGGUCCGCCUACAUGUUGACGGCCGACUAG